ACUCAAAACACCACCCAAAAAAAAAAAAAGGCUCCGAAGCUCUCCACCACCACCACCCAAUGGCCUCCGCCGUGCCCGAAAUCCUAAGCCGCGAGCAGUACGUGUACAUGGCAAAGCUCGCGGAGCAGGCCGAGCGCUACGAGGAGAUGGUCAGCUUCAUGGAGAAGCUCGUCGUCGCGUCCACCGCCGCCGGCACCGAGCUCACCGUCGAGGAGCGCAACCUCCUCAGCGUCGCCUACAAGAACGUCAUCGGCUCCCUGCGCGCCGCCUGGCGCAUCGUCUCCUCCAUCGAGCAGAAGGAGGAGAGCCGCCGCAACGAGGACCACGUCGCGCUCGUCAAGCAGUACAGAUCUAAAGUCGAGACCGAGCUCUCCGCCAUAUGCGCCGGAAUCUUGGACCUCCUCGGGUCCCACCUCGUCCCGUCGGCCACCGCCGGCGAGUCCAAGGUGUUUUACUUGAAGAUGAAGGGGGACUACCACCGGUACCUGGCCGAGUUUAAGAACGGCGACGAGAGGAAGACGGCUGCUGAGGACACUAUGCUGGCUUACAAGGCCGCUCAGGAUAUUGCUUUGGCUGAUUUGGCUCCUACACAUCCGAUAAGGCUGGGCCUGGCGCUUAACUUUUCGGUGUUUUACUAUGAGAUCCUCAAUUCCUCUGAGAAGGCUUGCACCAUGGCUAAGCAGGCCUUUGAAGAAGCGAUUGCUGAGCUGGAUACGCUGGGAGAGGAAUCAUACAAGGACAGCACUCUAAUCAUGCAACUUCUGAGGGACAACCUCACUCUCUGGACUUCAGAUUUGCAGGAGCAAAUGGAUGAAGCUUAACCACUUGAUUGUCAUGCUCCUUGAGGGAGGUGGGCUUGAAUGUCAUAAAGUAUUCUAUAAUCUGCGGACACUACUGUGUAUUACCUUAGUCUCUUAUGUGCAUACCAUAUGCUCAUGUUAAACAUGUUUCCUUUUUAAUUUGUUCUGAUAUUUAGUACUAAUGAUUCCUAGUAUUUUUGUGCUCCGCUUAUAAUUGAUACUGUUCUGAAGACAUUAUCAUUAGAUCCCCUAUUUGAAGACAUAAAAUUGUAUCACUUCAAGGUUUUCUCCUUCUUACCCAUA